GUAAUUCUUGUCAGAUUUGGUGAUAUGAGUAUUGGUUCCAGGGGUUGAGUCGAUCCUGCAUUCCCUGUGUGUUGUGAUGGAUGUGAAGAACUAUCGGCUUAUGGAGAAGGGCUUCUGUCUACUGGCAAACAUAUUGCACCGGCAGCCCCCGGGCAUCCCCCUGUUUGUGAACGUGAUGUCGGUGAGACAGUGUGUCCACCUGGUGAGGCAGGCACUGGCUCAGUCCCACCCAGCAGUGUUCCUCCAGGCUCUAACAGCUGCUAGGCCUCUUGUCAGCAAGCAGUACCUGCCGUGGGUGUAUCGAUGUGAGGUCGUAGAGGACCUGUUGAAGGUGGCCUGCUGUCAGAUGACGGACCUUCACACCUCGCUGUGUCAUGGCAGACACACACAGACACAGAUGGGCCGACAGGUGGACUGGCAGUACCCUCUAGUUGCCUUCACAGAUCUCAUCACUGUAUGCUGUAGAGUGUGCGGGGAGAGUGUACUCAGGUCCUCCAGUGAGAUGGAGGAGAGACAGUGGAUGAAUGUGGAGGGCACUCUCUCGCUCCUGGUGUCAGCUGCAGAGAGACAUCUAGCACCAUACAUACAGUCAGUGUUUGAGUCUGAAGAAUGUCCCCCUGCCCUGAAGACCGUCCUGACCUGUAUGAAUGAGCUGUAUUCCCAGACGGGGCGUGGCAUGACCCAAAUGUCUCUCAUGUUCACACAGUCGGGAGUCAUCAUUCAAGCUCCGGUUGUCAAAUAUAGGGCUGCUGAAGAUGUGUGUGACGGUAUAGACAAGUUCCUAGAGAAUGUGUACCGAGACCUACUGGAGGACAUCACCCCUCGGAAUCCUGCCCUACCCAGCUGGCUGGUGUCCGGUGUUGCCACCAUCAAAUUGCAGUCUGGAGAUCCAUGCCAUCUACUGCCGGUAAUGGAACAGAGUGAGGAUGCAGCGUGGGCCGUGCUGAUGAUGCUCUACUUCUCAUAUCUACACAGUCACAGCUGGGUCGAGUGCUGUGACCUCCAGUCUCUGCUGCAGUGUUUCCUGGCCAACAGCCGAGAUCUGUCAGGAUUACCUCCCCUUGUUAUCAGAUGUCUUGCUUUCCUUGUGGCGUGUUCAUCAGGAGAUGCAGUGGCCAAUACCCCUCAGCCCUUCCAGUAUCACACAGGUAUGCAGCACACAGUAGUUAUCUAAUUAGUAUUGUCUAUUGGUGUGGUGUGUGUUCUGCAACAGGAUCUUAAUAGCAAUGCUGUUAUGAUGACGUCGCUCUGUUGUUGUUGCAGUUGAUUCUGAACAAGGAAUUCACUGACCGUUCUGAACGUGCAUUUUAUGAAAAACCGACGCAACUAUAGAACCUUAUGCAGAAUUAUAGGAAUUUUUUUUAUUUGUAAAUGGUUUUGUUGGAGAAAUCACUCGAAUCAGUGGAUUCAGGAGGAAGAAUCAACAUAUUCAAGUGAUUUCUCCAUGAUGUAAUCAACGUCAGAAAGCUGUUGCAGUGUUGUUGCAAGUUUCUCAUCUUGUGAAGGCAUCUUACUCAUGGGAUGAUUCUGUCACUCUUUUGUCCUUAGUAUGACACAUUAGUAUGACACAUUAGUAUGACACAUUAGUG